CUCUGCAAACCCUAAUCGCUAUACCAUCUCUACUAUACACCUCCACACCUCAUAUAAUAAUUCUAUAAUUUUUUUUCUUAAAAACUCGCGUUCAUUCCUGAAGAUCACAAAAUGGCGACCAACAAUUAGGGCUUUUAUUUCCCACUUACAUAUAAUCGUGAUUUUCGUCAAGAGUUUCAAAAACACCUCCCUCACGUACGCUUUUAUUCUUCAAUCUCACAUCCCACAACUAGGGCUUUUAUUCCCUCACGGCAACUGCAAGGUUCGAGGCAAAACUUCAAUCGAUUUGGGAAUGGCGCGAGAAUUGAAAUUACGGAUCUGUAAUCGGGUGCCUAGAAUAACGAAGAGUCGAAACUCGACUCUCAAGAAAGAAUCAAGAUGGAGACGAGGCAAAGUAAUCCCGCUUCUUUGGACCGCAAUGAUUAGGCAUCGCCGAGCUCUUUUGGGAGUUUCUUUUUGACAUCAAUCAGGUCCCUUCUCUACUGUGUUCCGUGAAAUGAUACUCUCCUACAUUAUGCAGCCAUGUUGUAUAAUCUUAGCCAUUAUACCUGCAAAUUCAGAUUUGGCAAACUCAGAUGCACUUCAAAUGGAUGGGAUUGUUGAUCCUGAUGAUUGCUGUGGGAUCCCUAAAUUGGCCAAGAAAUUGAAUAAAGUGAAUGUGCGGACUCAUACUGCAACUGUGACCCCUGAACUUGAACAUCGUGAAUUUAUAAAGGAAUUGAAGCAGUUGCACAAAGCUCAGGAUGAUAAGGAACUAUUUGGAAUGGUAGUGAAGACACAACCGAAAGAUGCUGCUACUGUUAAAUUAAAUGAAUUGAAAGAAAAAAGAAGAUACAAGCCAGAAUCAGAGAAAGAAACAGAUUCUUGUCUUGUGACAAGUACUAGUGAUCAAGCACAUGAAUGUGCAUUGAAGGUGGAAAGCUGUGAAGAAGCUAUGUCUGACACUGGUAGAAUAGUUGGGAGGAAGAGGAAAGCUUCCAUGCAAAAGGAUGAGGGACAAAAUGGAAAUAAAGGAUCUGAAAACAAGAGUAGGAAAAAAGUAGUUGUGUGGAUCGAAAUGAUCUGGGAGAUGGAAGUGCUUUGUGGGGCGUAUUUCGGAGGGAAGAUUCGCCUAAACUCGAGGAAUAUCUCAAAAAAGACUUCAAAGAGUACAUAUGUAAAAAAUGUGACCCUACCAAAGGGUGCAUAUGUAAAAUUACAACCUCACAUAAACGACUUCUUGGAUAUCUCUAACCCAAAAGCAAUCUUGGAGACAACAUUGAGGAACUUCUCAUGUCUGACAACAGGAGAUAGCAUCAUGAUGUCUGAUAAAAUGGGCUACAUAAUAUUUAAAGGUAUGGAAGGUCCUCUACUCUUGCAUGAAAAGGAUGUGGAUUUUGAAAUUGUUGAGACAUGUGUCCUAUUUUUUUUUUCCCUGACUUUCUGUAUUAAUUCGUUGUUUCCGCAUCAAGUCAAAAAGAGACACCUGUAUAUAACUUACCAGAUUAAGUCAUGUCUCCAUUCAGUCAAAAAGGAAGGGAAAAUUAUGGGUUGCAUUGAGGUUGAUGAAGUUAAUGAACGGUUGUUUCUGUCUGACACAAAUCACCACCGUAUAAUUACGUUUGAUGACAAUGGAAAAAUCUUCCAUUUAUUGGAUCUUCACCUGGAUUUGAAGAUGGAGAGUUUGAAUCCUCCAAAAUAA